AUGUUAGAGGAAGCCGUGCUUGAUGGAAAAGCAGUGCAACUGUGGGAAUUACCAGCCCGCUUGCACGCCAAUGAAUCUUUACUGCGCGAGUUCUUUGCACGCCACUUUGACCGCACUCCUGCGGCUCACAUAAAAAAGGUGGUGUUCAACAAAAAUAGUGGAGGAAACGCGGAGGGAAGAUCUGGAACCUCGCCUCGUGUGGGGGGUGAGGCCACAGUUGAGUUCUUUGAAUCGGGGGCCGUUCAUUUGGUGUUGUCUCGGAUCAUCCAACACGAGCUGGUUGAGCGGGACGAAUCCCACCACAUGGAGUUGAGGCGUGGCUUCAUUUAUUUGGGACAGGACCGCAUGCUGGUGGAGGGCGUCGUGCAUCUCGUGCAGUCGCCACCCGUGGGGAGUAAGGCUGCACAUGGCAGCAAUGCGCCCGCCGUACCGCGGAAUGAUGCGAGGCCGCCGUGUGCAAAGGGAGCCGCCGCUGCCGCUGCUGCUGCUGCUGCGACUGCCGCCACAACAACCCACACAGCUGCCGGCACCAAUGGUGAUGAAAAAAGCAAUAGCAAUAUAAUGCCUGGAGGAAACCGUGGAAUGAUCUGUGGACAAGAGGAAGAUGAAGAUGAAGAGGAGGAAGAAGAUGAAGAUGAAGAAUCGGAAAUUGAUGAUGAUGAUGAUGAUAGUGAUCCCGAUGGAAGCGAAAGAGCUGAGGGCGAGCGUCGACUGAUGUCAAGAGGCAGUGAAGCAAAUCAGCAAACCCCUUUGGCGGCCAGGACGGAUGCCGUGGUGCUCUGCAUGACGUUUGUGUGUCUAUUUGAUCGGCAUCAGCACGAGGGUGGUGCCGGUGGUCGGCAACACAAUGGCGAUGCAAAUGGCUUCGGCAUCACUCCGCACGUCGUGUUUCAACUCUUGCGGGGCAUCUGUUUGGCCCGGAAGAUCGUCAUGUUUAACCGCAGGGAUCCGCGAGAGAGUGGGGGCGGCAUGAAGCAACGAAUGGCCCGGGCUCUCGUCGAGGUGAGUGGGGAAGAGGAUGCAAAGAAGGUGGUGGACGCACUUCACGGAACAGCACUGGAGUUGGCAUACUCGGGCCCGAACGAAGACGAGGUGGAAUACCGCUGCCGCAUAUACGCGCGGUACAACGAAGACGGACGGACAUACCGACAGCUGACUGUGCCCUUGAACACAAAAACGGCGCUCAGCGUCACACCGCAGAAUAUUGCGAUGAUGGGCCCUUUGCUUCAACGCCAGAGAUAUGACCGUGAGAUGCCCGGGAAUAGCGACACGGCACGCGAAGCCCCACUGAGUGAGCCCGGUGCUAUGCAAAACAGGCAACAAAAUCAGCAACCAAAUUAUAAUCGAGAACAAGAUGGCAUCGCGGUGAGGAACAAGGAAAAUAAUGGAGGAGGUCAAGGUCGUCGUAGGAGACGACGUGAGCGUUCCGGGGGGGAAGGAAUGCAGCAGCGUUCAAACGACACGGAGAAUGUGACGAAGCGUUGCCGUCUAAGUACUGAGUGCCAAGACUUUCAUCCGCACGGGAACAAUGGUGAGGAGAGAAAAGGCGAACGACAAUGUGCGACCAAUACUCUAGAAGACGCCACGCGACCCGCGGGGACGACGGAAAAAAGCAAUUUUGACUACAACAAGCAGCAAUGGCAGCAGUGGCAGCAGCAAAAGCAACAAAAGUUGGAAAUAAAUAAGGAAACCCAGCAAUAUGAUAACCCACAGAAGCCCCUUUAUGCGAAUGUGGGAGUUGCUGCGGCGCAACAGCCGGAUGUGAAAAAGCCAUUGCCACCCGGAUGGCGAACCAUCUACUCGACUGAGUAUGAACGAUACUACUACGUGCAUCGUGACCCGGUGACUGGUGUGGAAGUGUCUUCAUGGGAGUUAACACGAAUUCCAUAA